CAUCAGAGACAUAUUAAGAGAGGAGGAGAGGGAGAUAUAAUAGGAAGAAGUUGAGGCAAUCAACACAGAGCUGAUUUAAACACAUCAGAGAUUUAAGGUUUGUCUCAGUGGCAGCUACUCUACAGAUCGUGCAGGAGCACAGCUGACCCCAUUAUCCAAUUCCCCUCCCUUUCGCCUUCUGCCCCUUCUUCCCACCCAAGACCAUGGAGGAGGUCACCAAGGUCCCGCCACCCGUCCUGGAACGUCAGGUUCGCCAGCGACAGACCACAGUUUCAGUCCUCAAAUCCAAGCUGAAACAUGGUGUGACCUGCUCCGUACCAAAAGUUCGAUCCACCCUCACCGGAUUCUUCCCUGUUGUUCGCUGGCUGCCUAAAUACAAGCUCAAAGAGUACGUCUUGGGCGAUUUGAUGUCCGGGGUCAUCGUUGGAAUCAUCUUGGUACCACAGGCCAUCGCCUACUGCUUGCUGGCAGGAGUGCCGCCCAUCUAUGGUUUAUACACCUCUUUUUACGCCAACAUCAUCUACUUCCUCAUGGGGACGUCUAGACAUGUCUCUGUGGGGAUCUUCAGCCUCAUGAGCCUCAUGGUUGGACAGGUGGUAAAUAAGGAGAUGUUCCUGGCAGGAUUUGACCUCAAUGAAGACUCCAAAGCUUCUGGCCUGGUGUUAAAUGCCUCCCUCGGCUCUAAUCUGACAAUUGGUUCACCUCACAGUGUGGAGCUAAUGGGUGUGCCGUGUGGGAAGGAGUGUUACUCCAUCUCCAUCGCUGCUGCCCUAACAUUCAUGGUUGGCGUCUAUCAGCUCCUUAUGGCCGUGUUUCGGCUAGGCUUCGUCUCCGUUUACCUUUCGUCUCCCAUGCUUGAUGGUUUUGCUACGGGAGCCUCUUUCACCAUCCUCACCGUACAGGCUAAAUACCUGUUGGGCAUAAAGAUCCCCCGUCACCAAGGCUACGGCACAGUUGUCGUCACCUGGUUCAACAUCUUUGCCAACAUUCAUAACACCAAUCUGUGUGACCUCAUCACUAGUGCAAUCUGUAUCUCUAUAUUAGUGGCAGGAAAGGAGAUCCAGGAGCGCUACAAGGAUCGUCUGAAGAUCCCUUUCCCGACUGAGCUGAUCAUAGUGGCAGGAGCUACGCUGGCUAGUCAUUUUGGGGAUCUGAACAGCAAAUAUGGCUCCAGUGUUUCAGGUCACAUCCCCACAGGGUUCAUUCCUCCUGAGGUGCCCAGCUUUACUCUGAUGCCACGGUUGGCACUGGAUGCCAUUCCUCUUGCAGUCAUUAGUUUUGCCUUCACGGUGUCACUGUCCGAGAUGUUUGCUAAGAAGAACGGAUAUACAGUCCGUCCCAACCAGGAGAUGCUGGCCAUCAGCUUUUGCAACAUCAUCCCUUCCUUUUUCCACUGCUUCACCACUAGUGCUGCAUUGGCAAAAACUAUGGUGAAGGACUCAACAGGCUGCCAAACACAGAUAUCCAGUCUGAUUAGCGCCCUGGUCGUCCUUCUUGUCCUCCUCUUCUUCGCGCCUUACUUCUACGCUCUCCAGAAGUGCGUUCUUGCCUGUAUCAUCAUUGUUAGCCUUCGGGGGGCACUGAGGAAGUUUAAGGAUGUCCCGGCAAAGUUGCGUGCGAGCCGAGAUGACGGUAUUGUUUGGCUGGUCGCCAUGUUCGCCACGACUCUGAUCAGUGUGGAGAUUGGUCUUGUGGUCGGGGUAGUGUUUUCUAUGAUCUGCAUAAUCUAUAAGACCCAGAACCCCAAGGUCUCUCUCCUUGGCAAGGCCAGUGACGUCGAUCUUUACGAAGAUGUGGAAGAGUACAAGAACCUCAUGCCACCACCCCGGGUUCAGAUCUUUCGCUUCCAGGCUCCUCUGUAUUACGCCAACAAGGACUCAUUCCUGAGAUCGCUCUACAAAGCUGUCGGAGUUGAACCUUUCCUGGAGCUGACCAAGAGGAGAAAGGAAGAGAAGAAGGCUAAAGAGAUGUCUUCGAAGCAGAUAAAGGCGAAUGGAGAUAAAAGCAAUGGUGAAGUUGUCAUUGGACUUGUCGAAAGAGAACUGGAUUUCCACACGAUAGUUUUAGACUGCUCCGUCAUCCCGUUCAUAGACUCCACAGGCAUGGCCACUUUUGAAGGGCUGGUCAAGGAAUAUGGAGAGAUAAGGGUGAACGUGCUCCUCGCAAAUUGUAACACCUCAGUCAUUGAUCUCCUACAGAAGGGACAAUUCUUUGGGAAAAAUGACAAAGACAUGAGCAGUCGGUUGUUUCAUACAGUUCACGCUGCAGUUCUUCAUGCAAAAGAUUCAUACGCAGCAGCAGAGAGCAGGUCUGAAGACUCUGGGGUGUAGAGAAGGUCGAAGGAGAGGCAAUUUUGGUAUGCUAUCUUGUCCUCUAAAACAAUUCUGCAUUAGGUUGCUUUGAGGCAGCCUUUUACAAGUUUAGUCCAAGAAAACAUGGAGGUACCAAGAAAAUCCAGGCAGGGAUUGCAAGACAACUGCAAACCAGGCUUUGUGGCAUCCAGCACAUUUUCGUUUUUUCAGUACAGGAGAUGCAAAUGGUACAGGGUCCAACAUAGUCAUAGAAUAACUAGAAUAACUAACAGGUUAGUUGCUAUUAAGUUCCUAAUUAAAAACUGGGUAUGUCAUUGUUAUGACCUGGCUCAAAAGGCCACAACAAAGAGGAGACACACCAUAUCAACGGUUAGAAAAAGAUGUUUAUUAAAGCAAGUGAUUCAAAUGAGCCAAAUUAAUCAAGUGCAAAGCAAGUAAAGCAUGAGGUGUGAACGUCAGUAGUGUCAGUAAUGUAACUGCAGGGUGAGGAUUGCAUGAACAUGUAUGUGUGAGGGUGUUGAGGUGCACAAAGUAAAACAACUGAAAUAACUAAUAACAUACUCAACCGAACCGGGUGCCUGUAGGAGAAAGCAGAGGGAAGACAGAGAGGAGCAGAUGCUUUUAAAUAGCUGCAGGGCACCAGACCCAGGUGCCCUGAGUUACUGCAAUCAAGGCAAUCAAGACCGCACAGCCACACCCUAUCUAGAUUAACCCACAGGGACAUCACAGUCAUAUAACACUGUCAAGAACAGCGUUCUUUGCAAUGAAAGCAGUUUUUACUUUUUAUAUCACUACAAGACUUUGGCUGGAGUCCAAAAUGGCUCCAAUCCAGAGUCAAGAGUUCAGACGUGAAGCUCCAUCCACUAUCAGCUGUAUUUCCUAAAGUGCCAACUAUCACAUUGGACCUCAAUAUAAUAUCUUAAAGGUCAGUUAAACUCUUCCUGACUUGAAGCUGAAACACUUUUUUCGUGGCAGGAAUAGAAGCUUUUCUUAUCUUAGUGAAUCAGGAGGACUGAGUACUUUGUUAUCAUACCUGGGAUCAUUAGAACAUACAUGUACUCUUGCCCUGAUCACCAAACAAUGAUUUGUUACAACGUUUUCUACAUCUGUUCUCGUAAAAAUAAAAAACUCCAACGCAUUUGUGAUGUCUUUUCAGGUGCUGUAUGGAAAAGAAAGUCAUUUAUUUGUAUUUUGUAUUUCUGAUGGCAGCUAACAAUGCCAUACAAUGAUCACUAGUAAGAGGGGAUUGCUGCUUGCCACCACUAGUUUAUUUAAUUAAAUGUUUUAUUACUUGCAAAAUAAGCAAACACUGUGUCUCUAUUAAAUCAUGUCUUAUGUCUUUCAUCCUGUUGCCGCCAAGUACAAACGUAAGGUAAAAUAAUAACACGGUUUACUACCUUUUAGAAUACAUCAAAAAAGUAUGUAGUUUUCUUUUAAGAUUAACAUGUCUGUGUUAAAUGUUGAUGAACUGCCAUUUUAAUAAAAUGUAGACCUAUAUGUACAUUUAGAAGAUGAUCAUGUUGUAUUUUCAUACACUUGUUUGCCAUCAAACCUUUUUUUAGUGUAUUAAUUUCACUUCGAUAGUGAUUGAAUCAUGUUUUAGGGGAAGUCUGCUUGACCUUCAUUAUUGACAGUGUUGACAUUCAACAACCAUAUAUGAGUACUGCCUUAAUGUUCAAUACUUGAAUUAAACCGACUAGUUUUUAGGAAAGAUA